AGGAAAGGCACCUUUGCUUUUGGUGGUAUACAUCUCUAAAUUGGCAAAUGCACUUGAGCGUCGGGAAAAAGAAGAUGAAUAACUGAAUGGCGUGUGCAUACUGUCAGCUGCUCCCAGAAGCCGUGUGUCCAUCUGUUCAUCAUCCUGGACAGGCAAUCGUCCCAAGGUCUGCUGUUAUCAGAGACAAUUUAAAGGCAACGACAUUAGUGCCAUUGUGGCUCGUCUUCUUUCCAUCGCAAUCCUAUAGCGAACGAACGUCAUGUCUGCCCCAGCCAGCUUACCAACAACAGAGGGCAGGUUGCCUUUCGUUGUCGGAUCAGAGACAUUCGAGACCUAUUACAAAGUCUUCGGCGUACCAUCCUCCGGAAUUCCUCUCGUUACACUCCAUGGCGGUCCCGGAUCAGCACACUAUUACAUUCUGCCAAUGUCCGAUCUUGCUUCGCCCACACGCGCAGUAAUUUUCUACGAUCAAAUCGGGACGGGCAACUCCACGCACCUCAGAGAUAAGCCUGCAGAGUUCUGGACACCACAGCUCUUCAUGGACCAGCUUGCAAACCUUCUUUCGAAACUUGGAAUUGCCGGACAGUAUGACCUGCUGGGACAUAGUUGGGGUGGAAUGCUCGGUUCACAAUUCGCUUCGACCUUCUCGGGACCAGAAGUUAAAGGCCUGCGCCGACUCAUUCUCAGCUCUUCCCCGGCGAGCAUGGAGCUCUUUCAGCGUAGCUGCGCGAGAUUGAUUAAGCAGUUACCCGAGGAUGUACAGGCGACUCUGAAGAAGCACGAAGAUGCUGGAACGACAGACUCAAAGGAGUACGAGGACGCCGUGGGCGUGUUCUAUGAACGGCAUUUGUGUCGUGUGAAGCCAAUGCCAGACGACGUUGUCAAAUCAUUCGGUUGCAUGGCGGAAGACCCGACAGUGUAUCAUACCAUGAAUGGACCCUCCGAGUUUCAUAUCACUGGUUCCUUGCGCUCCUGGACUAUAAUCCCCUCCAUCUCUUCCAUAAAAGUGCCGACGCUACUUAUCAACGGUGCCUAUGAUGAGGCCCAGGACGACAGUCUUCAGCCCUUCUUUGACAAAACCCCACGCGUAAAGUGGGCCGUGCUCGCUGAAAGCAGCCAUAUGGGUCAUUUUGAGGAGAGAGAACGGUAUAUGCGUAUCGUCGGGGAUUUCUUGGGGAACAAACAAACUUGAAUGAGCAAUAUGUAGUCCAUAAAAUAAAUAACCAUGUAUUCCAUACGUCCGAACUGCCAGCUUAAU